GCAAAAGCAAGGUUAUGUUGUUUAUCGUAAAAUUGUGAGGAAUUCGAAAAUGAAGGUGUUUGCGAUUAUAAACAAACUAAAUCCCCAUUUUCUAAAAUCGUCAGCAGUAGCCUUACCUACAGUCGGUGGAAUUCUAUAUUGGCUAAAAUUCUUGGAUGAGAAACAGUUACUUGGAUUUUUUGUUAUAGCUACAACUUUCAUCCUACCUUUGCAGGUUUUCUCAUAUGGAAGUCAGCGGUUGAUUGGCUUCAUUUAUUUGAACAAGGAGAACGAUCAGGUCAAGAUAUCUUACAUCACUUACAUGGGAAACCGGGAGGACAUUGUCCUGCCCAUAGAAAGCAUUAUGUCCUUCAGUGACAUGCCUGUCACGCCCUUCGACUAUUUGUACAAGAAAGUGAGGACUUUUGAUUCGAAUACAGUUUAUAAAAUUGAUGUAAGGUUUGGUGAAAUUUUGGAUGACGAUGGAUUUAAACUAGUCUUUGGAGAAUACAAAAAAUGAUUUUUGUGAGUUGUUGUUAAAAUAAAUAGUAAAAUGAAAAAGUGA